AUGAAUGUGGAUCUGGAGAUGGUGGACGAAGAGCUCUGGGCUACGCUUAGCGGAUCAGCUACACGGCAGUGGUCUGAUGGCGUGAAUGCCAUUGAUGGCUUCUUUGCGGACGCGCCCAUUCCGGAUUACAUCGACCAGGGUAGUAAGUGUGCUGUACGCACUCAAGCUACACAUCACAAGGGAGACCGUGAUUACGGUACCACAGACGACCAGCCACAUCUCGGCAUGCCAAACAAUACCCAGCUCCCAAACCGUGCAAGGGAAGAACGUGCAGCUGCCCCAGCGAUCAACAGCAGUGCUACAACAACCACCGAUGAGUUUGCGACCUUGCUUGAUGACCUUAACCACGUUGGAGGGCUGCUUGAGACCGAAGAUGCCGAUAUGCCAGAUACCGACAGCACUUCCAAAUUUGACUCACAGCCUGCAACAUCCGCCGUACAUGACACCAAUCGCUCUCCGAUAGCGAGUCCGACUGACAGUGCCUGGGCCAAGCACUUGACCUCACCGAAGCCAGGUCCAAAGAACCAUGAUGGGAAAUCGCCAACCCACACAGCUGCCAAGAACAUACCCUCCGCUUCUGUACUGCCUCUGCGUACUUCGCCACGCUGCACUGCUAUGAUGGUAGGAUAUGGACGUGGCAGCAAGGCACCUGCGAAGGAAGAAGCUCUUACUAUGGCGAGCGUCGCACAAGUCAGAAGCGACAAGCAUGCUAGGCUACGUGGAGAGGCCGACGAUGCUGCAGCAAAGCCACAAGAUGUGACUAGUGAUGGAGAGAUGAAGAGGACAGCGAAAGCCACGGAAGCAGACAUCGACACCAGGAGGGAAGCACCCCUUGCGGCAGAGGUAGAUUCAUCUCUGGCACCCAACGAGCUCCCCAGUGCUUCAGCUACGCCAAGGAAAGGUCGACCCAAGGCGAAGACAAAUGAGCAUGCCAAGUCGACUGUCCUGACUGUCCACGAAGAUGUGCAGACCACACCAAAGACUAGAUCUGCGAUGAAGUCACAAGAGCCAGAGGUGACAUUGCAACAUCAGUCUGACGAAGCAUCAUCGCCGGCGCCAAACUCUGGGACCUCAGCGUCAGUCGAGCAGUCCGUUGCCAGUCGUACACCACGAACAACGACAACAGGCCAAGACGACACCAUUGCUGACAGAUCAGCAGAAGUGGCAGAAAUACGUGCUGCCAAGCCGCCAAAGAAGAAGAUGAAGCGCAACAGUACGAAGUCCAGAGGUGACAUCUCAAAACUCAUGGAUGAUCCCACCACGACGACUAUCGAUACGAAGACGCCAGGAAGAACGACACGCAAACAGGUCAAGGAGGCGUAUGCGGCUCAGCCGAAUGGUGCCGCUACGGCGAAGAAGAGACAUCAGGAGAAGUAA